AUGCCCGCCGUUCUUCAAUCUACAAUCCACCUCCUCGAGUCCGAGCUGGUCAAGGCUCGCGCUGCACUCCAGGAAAUUCAUCCUCAUGCGCCGCUCUUGCGCAUUGGCGACGAGGUCGCCGUCGGCGCCAUGGCCGCCUAUCGCCAGAAUUUAAUCAGCCGUGCUCCAGAUUUCUACGGUACUCGUCGAUUGACGAUGAAAGAAUUAGGCCUCGAGCCGGUCGUACGAGAGAUCCAGGUAGAGAAGAUUGCUCCUGCAGAGCCUAUUCCGCAACGCAAGCCUGCACCCAAACGACGAGCCCCGCUGGAGGAUAUGCUCACCAACAGCCUGAUCCUUGAUAAUAUGGCGCCGUAUCUCGCCGCCCCAUCGCUGAUGGCCUUGGCUUCGACCUCGCGACUCCUCUAUAAUAUGAUUACGGGUACUCCCUAUGUGUUUAGGCAUUUGGACUUGACCCGCUGCCGAGGCGCGCAGCUUCCUACCAAACCGGCCAAGGAGGAUGAAAUGGAGACGGAGGAUGAAGUAUACUCGGCUCCAUUGCGGCACAUCUUCGGCAGUCUUGAAAAGCGGUCUAUCCUACAAGAUGUGCGCACACUAGUCUUGGACGGUCUUUCUGUGCCGGCCGACCUGAUCGGAGACAUUAUCACGAGUGAUCGAUUCAACGUCAACAUUCUGUCCAUUCGCGAAUGCCAACACCUCAACGAACGAAAGUUGAUCCAAAUCAUUCAACAUGCCGUGCGGCCCACUCGUCCAGAGGGAACCCCCAAGGUGAAGGGAAUCUAUCAUUUCUCUCCAAUGCAUACUCCACCUCGCGCCGCAGUGCGGCGUCGAUACCGUGACUGGUGGGGAUCCCGCGUGGGUAGCUCACGAAGUUCAAGCCAGAGCCCGUCGAACAGCUCGUCAGACAACGAAGAAGAAGAGACAGAAGUCGUGACUCGACGAUACCAGCGAAACGAAUGGUACAGCCCUACAGGCAAAGUGUUCAAGCGCAGCUUGGACGAAGGCUGGGCGCAGACCCUUCAGAAAUGUGAGGGAGUCAUCGCCUUCGACGCAGUCCUGUGCCGCGGGCCACGCCAUGAUGUCAAUCUCUACAGCAACGCAGAUGAGGAGAACCCCGCCCCCGAGGGCCGCUUACUCGGCCCCGCCGUUGCCACCGUGGCCCUGGGCCCACGCGGAUGUGAUGGAUGCCAUAGUUCGCCCGAGGGCCCGGCAAUCUGGGGUCAGUCCCCAGAUACUCAGUUCCCACUGUUGAGCCCCGUACCCUUGCACGUGUCCAGUGUUGCUGCAGCCAAGCGGCCGGAGUUGAUCCCCGGCGAGCAUCCCGUCUUGAUUGCGCGGUGUACAGACUGUUUGACCGACCGCUGGUGUCACCAGUGCAACAAGUGGUUCUGCUCGAACUGUCUGCCGCACCCGCGACACGUCCAGGCUAGUCUUACGCCGCACCAGACUGCGAUUCGACCACCGGGUCAGCAUCCUCACGGGACUGGAUCUCCUCAUGCUGGGCGAGAGAGACUCGAGCGUGGUGUGAGCAAAGAUUGCUGGGAGUGUGGCCCGACUUGUGGUUCCUGCAAGCGGAACACCCAGCACACCUGCCGGAGCUGUGGAGGUGAUUAUUGUAUCGAGCAUAACGAGGGAUGCUCGGCGACGAUGUGCGACUGGUGCAACACCAGCUCUCGCCACCGAAUGCGGAGUUUCCGAUAA